UUGUUCUGGGAGGUCAGAAGACGCCAGUGAAGGUGUUCUCAAUUUAUCUUAAGAGCUUCAACGGAAACUACAUAGAUCAUUGAUUUAUUAGAUAGACGUCUCUAUCAAUCUGUUAUCUCUUUUACAGUUGGAAUUUUAUUAAGGCUGUUACGAGGAAUAAAUGCUUCAAGCUCAGUUUACAAGAGAACUUGAAGUUUUGUUUUUCAAAUAAAUGUAUCUCUAGGUGUGAUCGUUUCCAGAUUAUUCGAACACAUUGGCGAUUUAUCAAGUUUGAACAAAAGAAAUCACAAUAAUGACAGUGUCAGGAUAUACGUAAUGUUAACUAGCAUAGAUUUUCACAAUCCAAUUCUUCGUUUUUCCCGGCCCUUUAGUUUUAGUUCUGAUAGAGAAAAGGUAUCAAACACUCAAGAGAUUAAUUGUUUCACCACAUUUUCAAACACCUCGAAGUUAGCCAAAAAUACUCCGUUGCGUGUUGUAUUUUUAACUCUCAAAACAUGGUCUCUCGUGCUUGAUAUUUUACUUGAAACGAAAAGCCACACAUACAACUAAUGAGUUGUUUUUGUUUUCGAUAAUUAUUUUUCAGUCUUCACUAAUCUGUGGCUUGUUUUGUUUCAGCUCUUACCGUUCGAUUCCUAACUAGACGCUUUAUUGGGGAGUACGAUGAAAGCUUAGAGAUGACAUACACACAUCACAUGAAUCUAGACGGGCAAUAUGUGGCACUUGCUAUCAUGGAUACAGCCGGCGAGAACACAGAACACAAAGUGCAACAGUGCGCAGCUUUUGGAGACCUGAUCUUCAUUCUGUACUCCAUCACGGAUCGGUUUUCGUUCAUGGAGGCGAAACGUUUGGGGAGAUACAUACGAAGAGUUAAAAACAAUGAAUGCAUCCUUAUUCUAGUUGGCACCAAGAAGGACUUGAAACAUCACAGACGAAUCAGCCUAAACGAAGGACUUGGGCUGGCCAAGGAGAUAAGUUCUGCAUUCUGUGAGAUUUCAAUUUCAGAAGGAUUUGUCGAGACGAAUUCUCUUUUGUAUGAGUCUUUGAGGCUGCAUUUGAACAAUAGAACAGAGGAAGAAAAUGCGGACAAGGAGAAAUUGAGUCCUUUGUCACGGAUGAAAGAAGGAUUUAGAGGAAUAUACGCGAGACGAAAAUCAUGCUCAGUCUGAUGCGGUUAAAAGGGAACUUCAAGGAAGGACGAAAAUAAACAAUAACACAGGACAGCUUAACUUCAUGGCGUCGACACACAUUUUAGUCUUGUAGAAUCACAUAGUAAAGAAAAAAAUCGCUUUCUGAUUGGCUGACAAAGAUAGGCGUUUUAAAAUUUGUAUUGCAUGGAUAAUUGCUUCCUAAUUCGCUUUCGGGAGACAUUUUUCAAGGAGAAAAUCCAUAGGUGCUUACUGUUGCAGUUUUUUUUUUACUCAAGGACUAAAAGUUUGGAAAAAUGAGUGGAUGGUAGAACCAUUACAGGGACCGGCGGCGGAGACAAUUUGAAAGUGGUAGGGCUAAAAAAGUCUGGCCAAUACAAACAAACGUUAAGGUCAGUGUUUCGCUAUUUAUCUUGCACAUUUGUGCGCCAUCUGGAGCCCUGGAAAAUAUAUCCCAGCAAUAAAAGUGGUAGGGUGAUCAGCCCCUCUCCCUCCGCGGUCCCUGCAUCAAAUAAUUAGGAAUUUUCGGGGGCAUUGGGAAUUUCGCAGGGUUAGAUCUUGAAAGGUGAAAAUGGAAGAAUGGCUCUGUUCAUAUGGUGCAGAGCUUUUGCCGUAGUUAAAAAAAAAUAUUCAAAACAGAUUUCCUUUCACAACUACACUGGUAUGAGUAGAAGGAAUUGACACGGUAGCUGUAAUAUUUCUUCAGAGUGGUUUUGGUUAUUUGAAUGCCAUUUUUGGUAACAGCUCUAGGUGUGUAAAAGAGUCGAGGACAUUAAAUUACAGAUCUGUUACCGCAUCAAAUCGUUUUGCAUUUGUCUGAGAACUGUUUCUUCGCCUAGUUAGAGGACCUUAGAGGUACUCAUACCAUCCUUACACUGCUUGUGUUUGAAAAAAUAUAUAUUUUCUACUUGUGUUUAAACAAAUAAAAGCCAUUCCAAGACGACAUUUUCGGAUAUUGAUGCGUGUUAUCAUUUGCCAAAGUCUGGCCAUAACAAGUCAAAUGCACCUUCACUUUAAGCCUUAUACUCCCCACGUUUUUUAUUAUUUUUCUUCCUUUUUAGCUGAUUUUAUCAACCGCAUGUAGAUCUACAAAUCAACCUGACAUC